AUUAAGAUUUUUUUAAAUUUAGCCGUAUUUUUAUACUUAUACUUUUUACCUGUGCUAUGAGUACAUAUAUUUUACUUCUUGACGCUGUAAGAAGCAAGAAUCUAGGUUUUCUAAAAGAUUUCAUCAAAGAUGAAAAAAAUUCUGAUUUUAUUAAUCUAAAUGAAUCCGAUGAAGACGGAAUUACUUGUCUUCACGUUGCAGCAGGAUUGGAAGACAACGCGAUUUUGGAGUGUCUCCUUGACCAUGGCGCUGCGGUUAAUUGCCGGACAUCAGAGGGCCUUACCCCCUUGCACAUUGCUGCGAUGUGGGGUCGUAGCGAACAGGUACGGUCGCUUCUUGCGCGCUCCGCAGACAGUUCGAUUGUCGAUGCAAACGGCUGCAAUGCGUUCAUGUACGCGUCGAACUCCGAGGAGGAAGGCAGCCAGUCUUGCGUCGACAUCAUUUUGAGCCAUGAGGAGUGUAACGAGGGUUUUGAUCAACACAGCAACGCUGAACGUAGAUCAACCCCCGAGUCUAGCAUCGACUUUGAGCGCCUAAACAGCAGCCCGUGGGUCACGCCUCGACGACAGAAGAGGAAGGCAUUGAGGGGAAUGAAAAACAAAGAACUACAAGAUCUGUUACUGGAUGAAAGCACUUUAGAAAAUGGACACACAGCAAGCAGGGAACAUGAAGACAUUGAGGGGUUCCUCACUGAGUUGUCGAGCGCUGAUUCCUUUUCCUAUUCCACAAUUACCGGAAUCGAGGGCUCCGAAAAUAAGAGCUUGUGCUGUUCCGAUUUUUUGACGGAAUGCUCAAAUUCGGACAACUCUGAUUCAGGGUUGAAUGAAGUUAACGUUGGAGUGAGAAGGGACUUGUUUAAGGAUGACGAUGACGGUAUUUUAAGUGCGAGAUGUUUCGAGGUGAGUUGUAAAGAUGGCGCCGAAGAUGUUUACGAGACUGCAGACGAAGAUUUUGAUGGUGAAAGCGUAAGCAUAAGAAAAGACACUCAGGUUCAAGGUGAUGAUAACGAAGACAUUAGAAGGGAAGGCGAAAUUGUAAGAACGAUAAAUUUUGGGGAAUCUGUCGAAGAAAAUGUGCUAAAUAUGAAAGAAGAAAAAGAGCGAGAGGUUCACUUGAAUGAUACGUAUAGGAUCGAAGAUUGUUACCAGGAAAGCGAAGAAAAACAACCAUUGGAAGAAGAAACGGUUAUAUAUGAUUGGCGGGAAUUCUCCGUCGUCGAGAGGAAUGAAACCAUGGCGCAAAUUCCUGAAAGUUAUAAGAAAAUGUCUUUCCAGGAAUUACGCAGAAAAAUUAAUGAUCACGGUCAGAUUCCUGGACCUAUAACCCCUCAGACGAAGCUCUUGUAUAUGAAAAAAUUGUGGAGACUUGAUCAUGGAUUUGGGAUGCGUAAAGCGAAAGAAACCUCGCCGUGCAGUUGUUAUCCUUUGGAAACGAGACUAGUUUUAACGGGACGGAAGGAAAUUCCAGAUUGUGGGGCAUUAGAGCAAGAUAUAAUUAAAGAGUUUAAUGGAAAGAGGAAAGUACCAUGGCGUGGAGGCACUGAAAAGUCCAGUUUUAAUUAUCUUAUGCUUGAUCCACGCGUAACACUCGACCUUUCCCAACGGAUGAAAAAGAUGACAGCCAUCGAAGCUUUUCGAUGCUUCAUCCUGGCCAUAUUUUACGUUGGGAAAGGCAAACGUUCUCGACCAUACGCUCAUCUCCACGAAGCCGUGAAAUACUCAAAAAGCAAGGCUAACCAGAAAAUAGAACACAUUAUUGAAAUCUGGAAGGCGGGUUUGGGGGUGAUCUCUCUCCACCUUUUCCAAAGUGCGAUACCUGUUGAAGCCUUUACGCGUGAGGCUUGCAUGGUGGAGGCGCUGGGACUGUCCCAGUUAACCAACAAGAAGAAGGGAGAGUAUUAUGGGCUUUGUGGGAGGUUGGAUAUGAGUAAGAAGAGAAAAUUGGGAAUCUUCUUCUUGCAUAAAGCAUUUCAAAUCUUUUUACAAGAAGGCGAAAGACAAAUUCGUAAAGAAGAUAUCUAAAAAGCUCAGAAAUGUUCUCAAAAGAUGCAGAAUAUUUUGGCCACUGAUAUGACAGUCAAACUGGAUAGUCUCACGUUGAAGACGUGUUUCGGAUUUGGAGCCAUGCAUAUAGUCUGAAUACUUUGAGCAAGAAAAUUGCAAUUGUUAAUUGAAAAGUAGCCAUGUCGUCGCGAAUGUUGCAACCUUUUUUCAUCCUUUUUCCAAUUAACCAGAGUUAUGCAAUUUUGUUAUACGUAUUACAUCGCCUUUUUAUGAAAAGACGUGUAGCGUGGUAAUUUGGCAUAUCUAUAGUGACAAACUGUAACUGACGUCAUGGUUUGUCCAAUGUCCGCCAUUUUGGGUGGCAAAUAUUUUACGGUCGUAUAAAAGCAAGAAAAACAACAUAAAAGCUAAAUUUUUAUUCUAGCACUGUGCUUACAAUUUUGUCUGCAUGCCAUGUCGGAAAGUUCCUAGAAAAACUGAAAUUCCUAGAAAUUGUAGCAAGCGGUGAAUCAAAAACGUUUGCCACCCAUGCUGUAAAGACUUCAUACCACAAGAGCUUACUACAAGACAAUAUAGCAAUUUUCUUGCCGACUAAUAAUGAAAAGAAAACCCCCAAGAAAAGUGGAAGUCGAACUCGUCGCUCGUGAAUAGUUGUCGAUCAUAAAUGAGUUCCCAUGCGAGGAAUAGGCAACUAGUUUGUUGUCGAUAACCAAGAAAUUUUAAGUCAGGUUAAACCCUUUCAUGGUUCUAAAUUUCUGCCAUAACUCCAUGUAAAUAGUGUAUAUCUAUAAGUUGUGUUAACACAUUACGGCCCUAAGUCUGGCCUGACGUUGGACUAAAAUUUUCAUGUGCGUCGUCAUGAUGUACUGAAGGUCAAAAUGCCUGUCCACUCUGCGAAAAUCUAAUCCAAAAUAACGCUUGUAGACAAAUCAUUUUUA